GAGCUCUAUCUUCGAACACACAUUCUCCUUGCGUUGCUCGUCGAUACGUAUUCAUAUAAAAUCGUCACCGAGGCUGACGGUUUACACUACAAUUAAGUUCUCGGUUCAACAACUAAAUUUUUUUUGUCCUGACCACUACUUUACCAUUGAAAUGGUUCGACAGGCGUUGAUUUCCCACAUAGUCCUUGUCGGAAUUUUGGCUGCAUAUGUAGCAUGCCAAACGGAUGAUCCCUGGGAUCAAGUGCCAGAAAUCUUAAGACGAAUAACACCACCAAUAAUACCGAAUCGCCAAUGCAACAUCUUAGAUUUUAAUGCCAUCAGGAGUCCAAACAGUGACGAUGUUGAGGCACCAUCCGCAACUGUUGACGCUAAUACAAACGCAUUUAAGACAGCCAUUCAAUCUUGUCAUGAUAAUGGCGGUGGCACUGUUUACGUACCCGAGGGAACAUUUAUAACAUCGGCAAUCACGUUACUUUCUAACAUUUCCCUGGAAGUGUCACCUGGCGCUAUAAUUCGAUUCACACGAGACACCACAAAGUAUCCGCUUGUCUUCACAAGAUGGGAGGGUGUGGAGCUGAUGAAUUAUUCUCCGUUUAUCUACGCAUUUGAAGCUGAAAAUAUAGCGAUAACGGGUAAUGGCGUGAUUGAUGGUAAUUGCGACUGCGAACAUUGGUGGCCAUGGAAAGGAACUUGGUCCAGACAAUGCUGGAUCACAGUUCCCGAAAAUCAAACAAAUGCUCGUAAUGCACUGUUUCAAAUGGCUGAAGAUAGAACGCCUGUUGAAACUCGCGUGUUUGGUGAAGGAUUUUAUUUGCGGCCACAAUUUAUUCAGCCCUACCGAUCCAAAAAUGUUUUAAUCGAGGGUGUCACCAUUUUAAACAGUCCGAUGUGGAUUGUACAUCCAGUUCUCUGUGAAAAUGUAAUCAUCAGAAAUAUCAACAUCACAAGUCUUGGACCCAACUCCGACGGUGUUGAUCCAGAAUCAUGUAAAGAUGUUCUCAUCACUGGAGUCUAUUUCAAUUCUGGAGACGACGACAUUGCAAUUAAAUCCGGACGAAAUGAAGAUGGUCGUAGAGUCGGCGUACCGUCUGAAAACAUUGUUAUUCAAAAUUGUACAAUGGCAGAUGGACACGGUGGUAUCACACUUGGCAGCUGUAUAUCAGGAGGAGUUCGAAAUGUUUUCGCAGAAGAUUGCUAUUUGGACAGUCCGAAUUUGGACACAGCUAUCAGAGUGAAAAACAAUGCACUCAGAGGAGGAAUGCUCGAGAAGUUCUAUUUGAGAAACAUUCGAGUCGGUCAAGUCGCUAAACAAGUUGUUGAAGUCGAUUUCUAUUACGAAGAAGGUCCAAAUGCCGCAUUCAAACCAGUCUUAAAGGAAGUAUUCAUAGAGAAUGUGGACGUGACUGGAGGAGCUCCGUAUUCAUUAGUGGUGAAAGGUUAUCCCACUCCGGAUACUUCCUACAUCGAAAUGACACUUCGCAACAUGACAUUCUCCGGACUCCGAAAUUCUCCUCACUAUGUCAUCCAGGAUGUCGAUUCCAUUGAAUUUUCCGAGGUUUAUGUGCAGGUGUGGCAAGAAUGGAAAUCAGUAACUGAUGCAGGUCAUUCGUUGGCCGCAUCUACAUUCAUUAUGUUGAUAGUUUCUGUAUUUUUAAUGUUUGUUUAAUUUUAUCAGUAAUUUAAAGUGCCAAAAAGUUAUGCUAGAAAAUAAAUUUGGAUGAAUAAGUUAAA